GGAAUGAAAAUGAAAGUGAUGAUAAUAACAAAAAUGAAAUUGAAAAUGAUACAGAAAGUGAUACUUCAGAUUCUAUUGAGUCUGAAGAUGAGGAAAGUAAUUCAGAAUUGAAAUCUGAAAGUGAUAGUGAUAAUGAUAAGGAUAUUUUGGAUGAGAUCCCU